CCCUCUUCUCACAGGCCAACAAAGGAGCAAAGCUACCGUCGCCGAAGCCGAGCGACGUUCCAAGAAACGAAACAGCCAUGAUGAUGAUGGGAGAGGGAGCGCACGCGCCGCCUUGGCAGCAGUCACCGGCGGCCAGCGGCAUCAUGGACGCGGACGAGGUGUCGCCGUACGCCCUCCUGGCGGAGCUGAAGCAUUACCUGCCGUCAAACGAGGUGAUGGCGUACGACGAGGACGACGAGGAGGCCCUGGCGGCGGCGGCCGCCGUCGACGCGUACGCCUGCGACGAGUUCCGGAUGUACGAGUUCAAGGUGCGGCGGUGCUCGCGCGGGCGGAGCCACGACUGGACGGACUGCCCCUACGCGCACCCGGGGGAGAAGGCCCGGCGGCGCGACCCCAGGCGGUACCACUACUCCGGCGCGGCGUGCCCGGACUUCCGCAAGGGCGGGUGCAAGCGCGGCGACGCGUGCGAGCUGGCGCACGGGGUGUUCGAGUGCUGGCUCCACCCGUCGCGCUACCGGACGCAGCCCUGCAAGGACGGCACCGGGUGCCGCCGCCGCGUCUGCUUCUUCGCGCACACGCCCGACCAGCUCCGCGUGCCGCAGGCGCAGCAGUCCAGCCCGAGGGGCGCGUCCGCGGCGUCGCCGCUGGCCGAGCCGUCGUACGACGGCUCGCCGCUCCGCCGCCAGGCGUUCGAGAGCUACGGCUACCUCACCAAGAGCGGCGUCAUGUCGUCGUCCCCGACCAGCACGCUGGUCUCGCCCCCGAGGUCGCCGCCGUCGGAGUCCCCGCCAAUGUCGCCGGACGCCGCCGCCGCGGCGCUCCGCCGCGGCUCGUGGCCGGGUGUCGGCGGCUCGCCCGUCAACGAGGUCCUCGCCUCGCUGCGCCAGCUCCGCCUCGGCGGUGGCGGCAGCGGCGGCUCGCCGAGGUCGGCGCCUUCCGGCGGGUCGUUCUUGGCAGGCGGCUACCCGUUCGGGUCCCCGAAGUCACCGGCCGGUCUGUACAGUCUCCCGUCCACACCACCAACCCGGCCGUGCCCGGUGAUGGUGACCACCGCCUCCGGCGCCACCAUCAUGACCGUGGAACGCCUCAACCUCGGGCUCCUCGUGGAUGAGGAGCCGGUCAUGGAGCGGGUUGAGUCCGGGAGAGCCCUCCGCGAGAAGGUGUUCGAACGGCUCAGCAAAGAAACCGCCGUGCCCAACGACACCGCCGCCUCCGCCAACGUAGAGGGAGCGGCUCCGGACGUCGGCUGGGUCUCCGACCUCAUCAACUGAGGGAAACUCCUGAAACUACCAGCAUCAGCCGUGCCUCCUCUGAACGGUGCUUAUCCAUGGUAAGUGCGUGAGGGAAGCUUAUUAGAGGCGUCACUGCACAGCAGCAGGAGAGGAAAGUAGUUCGUGGGAAAAACAAAAAAAAAAAAAUAUUUUUCUAGAUUUGUACUAAGAUGAUCCUUGUACAUAUUUUCCUCCAUGUGUGAAUAUUCCCGGAUGGCUGUUGGAGGGAGGGGAGGCAGGGAAAGGUUGAUUUGUUGUGGGGUUUCAGAUGAUGGCAUGCCAGUGGGGAGGUAGAAGGGAUGGCCAGUAAAACACAAAAGGAUCAAAGGAGACAUGGUAUGCGACCAGACCAUGCAUGAGGUGUCUAGAUGUACAUAGCGUCUGUGUAGUGUACCUGUGUGUUGUGUGUGUGUGGAGGUAGAGCGUGGAGAGGCGACCAUGUCGGCGAUCCAAGACUGGAAGUAAAGAUGACUGGAUUUUUUUCUAUGGCCGCACUGCACCGGCGGCGGCUCCCGGUGACGUUUCCGGCAAGAAGGCCUGGAGCGGUUCCAGAACAACAUCAUCGUCUCGACUCUCGAGUACUUGUCAUUCCACCGUUCAUUCUGUUAUUUAUUAUCUGGUAUUACUGCUCUGUAAUUUUCUCAAUGUAUUUCCUUAUUGAUCUCGUCUGCUCUAGCUAGGGGCCGGGAGCAUCUAUGUACCUUGCACUACUAUGUGCUACUGUUUCUGCUGAUAAGGAAAUAAUUAAGACCGGCCUUGUUAAUUA